GCCCUAUCCGGAAGAAAAGAAACAAAGAAAAAGAAAAAAAAAAAGGAAACCCUAAUUUCGAGUCGGGCGACAGUCGUUCCCACUCGUUAAAAUCAGAGGAGGUUGUAGAUUUCUCGCAAGAAAAUCCAUAGAAUUUUAUCUUUUUGAUAUUGAUUUUUUUCCACAAUGUCGACAACGAAGAAAAAUCAUAAGGAGAAGAUGAUUCGUCGGAAAGAAGAGAAGCAAGAAGAACCGGAAGGUCCAAAAUAUCGAGAUCGUGCUAAGGAACGCAGAGAAGACCAGAAUCCAGACUACGAGCCGACUGAAUUGGGGUCAUUUCAUGCAGUAGCUCCUCCUGGAACUGUUGAUAUACGGACAGCUGAUGCACAUAAGAUAUCCAUUGAGAACAGCAAAUAUCUUGGAGGUGAUGUGGAACAUACACAUUUGGUCAAGGGCUUGGAUUACGCUUUACUUCAUAAAGUAAGGAGUGAGAUUGACAAGAAACCAGAGGCUGAAGAUGCAUUGGACGGCAAACCUAGAGUACCUAUGGAUGAUCAACCAUUGGCAUUUCGUACUGCGAUUGCAAAGUCGGUGUAUCAGUGGAUUGUCAAGCCCCAAAGCAUGAUCAAGACUAAUGAGAUGUUUCUUCCUGGUCGAAUGGCAUUUAUUUUUAACAUGGAGGAUGGGUUUUCUCAUGAUAUUCCUACGACAUUGCACAGGAGUAAAGCAGACUGCCCAGUUCCAGAGGAAAUGGUUACUGUAAGCGUGGACGGUUCUGUACUUGAUCGAAUCGCCAAAAUUAUGUCUUAUCUUCGCCUUGGAUCAUCUGGGAAGGUUUUGAAGAAAAAGAAAAAGGAUAGAGAUGUAAAAGGUAAGCUUUCUGCUGUUGGCAAUGAAUUUGAUGAGGAGGAUAACAAGCCCUCACAACCUGACGGUCGAAUAUCAAAACACCAAGCAGAAAGAGAAAUGCUACCUCCACCACCACCUCUACGAAAGAAUCACCUCGAUUCAAGAGAGAAACAAGCCCCACCUAUUGCUCGAGUGGAAGAGGACGACAUAUUUCUAGGGGAUGGUAUUGAUUAUGAGGUUCCUGGCAAAGACUUGAAUGAAAGUCCUGUUUCAGAAGACAUGGAAGAGUCCCCUCGGAAUAAGGAGAGACAAUCCUAUUUCAGUGAGCCCGUUUACGGUCCGGUUCCACCUUCUGAGCUCGCUCAGGAUUGGCAACAAACAAAUGGGUAUGAUGCCAUACAAGCGCAGGUAGCAGCCACUGCCUACCAAGGAGAAUGGCAAGAUUAUCAGUAUGCCGAGCAAUUGGCUUACCCUGAACAGUACCUCCAGCAAAAUCUGCAAGAGUACGAUCCACAGUCAGGAGCCAAUGUACUGCAGGAUCCACGUUUCAUGACUCAAGAAGACAAGGAUCGGGGCCUGGGCUCUGUUUUCAAGCGUGAUGACCAGAGGCUCCAACAAUUGAGGGAAAAGGAUGCUCGGGAGAAGGAUCCAAAUUUCAUUUCAGAGAGUUACUCCGAAUGCUAUCCCGGGUAUCAAGAGUAUAACCGUGAAGUUGUGGAUAGUGACGAUGAAGAUGACUUAUCUAAGAUGGAUAUGGGCGGUCGGGCCAAGGGCCGCCUUCAUCGGUGGGACUUCGAGACGGAAGAGGAGUGGGCCACGUAUAACGAGCAGAAGGAAGCGAUGCCGAAAGCCGCAUUCCAGUUUGGGGUGAAGAUGCAGGAUGGCCGGAAGACAAGGAAGCAGAACAAGGACCAGAAGCUCACCAAUGAGCUUCACAAGAUCAACAAGAUCCUCGCACGGAAGAAGAUGGAGAAAGGCGAUGGCCACGAUGACGGCGACCAUUACGAAGAAGACUUGCAACCUGGGAAGAAGCUUCGGAUUUGAUGCAGCAAAUGUGGGAGGGCUGCAGGCCUCAGGUCGCAUCCCUCAUCUUUUGUAUUAUUAAUCAGGAGAAAAGCCCAUGUAUUUGGUGGUUUCACCAUUUAUCCAGAGACUGAAUUUGAACUGCAGUCUAAACUGAGUUUACUCAGUGCAGACUCAGUAGUGCCCAAGAUAUCCAAAACUCUCAUCUUUGUAGGGCAUGCUUGUUUCUCUCGAGUCUGACCCAUCAGUGGUGGGCAUUAAACGCC